AUGCGCGCAAGCGCCGCUAUCCUCAUUUUCGCAACGUGGCCAUGUUUUAUUCAAACACAAAAUUCGCGCGUGAACCGCAACACGAAUUUCUCGGAUAUAAUAGAUGAAAAUAAUUUGAAUACGGCUAAAACAUGUGUAAUGAAUCUGGGAAUCACUAAAUGUUUGGGAGCUUUUGGAAUAUGGCAAGCGGAAAAAGCUCUACGAUCCGGUGAAAUGCCUGCAACUUUAUAUAGUGAUAAGUUUUCCUGGCAAUAUUUUAAAAAUAUCUCUAACUCCGAUCUUAGUACUAAGCUUUGUGAUAAAACUGUAAAGCUACUUCGGCGACGCUCUCUGAAGCUAAAUCUAGACCAAGACUACACAUUGCAGCUAGCAGUAAAGGGAAACGGGUUAUUGAGUGUCGACGUAAUAAAAAAUGAUAUGAAGGGAACAGCACGGGGCACCGUAAAAAAACUAUAUAAACAAUUUUAUACUUUAAUGCCAUUUAUUAUAAUGCCUGGUCUCAUCAUGUCCGCAAUCUUGCCUUUCAUCUUGCCGUCACUAAAAAUGAUGACAUUGGCUUCCGGAAUGCUAAACAAUAUGGCGCUUACAGGGGCUGUGUUCACGCUUCUCAGAAAUAAUGCUUUCAAUGAUAAAUAUGAGAAGAAAGUAAUAUACGUCAACGAUGGCUAUAAAAACGAUGCCCAUCUAAAGGAUAAUUAUAUACCUCAUAGUGACACUCAAUCUCAUGUCAUAGUUGAUCCUACUUUCGAUACUAAAUACGGUGGUGUUGAAUCUUACGGAAUCGGCAAUUACUUAAGUCAACAGCCUGUAAACGACUAUGAAGUAAAUUCAGAUUGGCUGAAGCAAUUAACGGGAAAUGUUAAUGAUGUACAUGGUUUUCAAAAUAAUUUUGACGAUUGGCGUAAGCAAGACGUUGUCGAAAAAAAUAUGCAAAAUAUUGAAGAAAGUAAAAUUAUU